GCUAAUAUCGUUCAAAUUUAAGGUAAAUGGAAGACUUCCUGUAUCGAGACAAGAAAAUAAGAGAUUUCUUAAGACCCAUUAGAGAGAAAGAGAUCAACCACAUUGUUAGAGAGCUAUGUUUGCUUGGAAUCAAAGUAUUUCAAGAACGCAACAAUGGUAUUGCCCAUUACUCCUUGAUAAAUGUGAAGGAUUGUCUCCGUGAAUAUAUUAAUGAAUGCCAGACAGCAGAGUAUUACAAGAGAUUUUGUAGCAGCACUAUUAAUGAUGAUCACCAAGACAUGCAUGACCUUGAGAAUUCUCGAGCAUAUCCUCAAGACCAAUUUUGUGAAGAGAGAAGCAGACACAUCAAAUCUCAAGGAAAUUUCUGCGAUAGAAGAAUGGAGGAUUUCAGAAGAUCACAGCACUCAAGGACACAUUCUCAUAAAUCGUUAAGAAACAACCAAGGAGAAAUAUACUCGACUCAAGAAGGAAGUCAAGAGAAUGAUCAGGAAGGCAUAAUCAGUGGAGAAGGCAACUUCCAUCAGAGAUCAAGAUCUCAUAGCUAUGGAGAUAAGUCAAGAUCUCCUCCUAUGAAUGAUAGAAGAAUACCUCCUGAUUUUCAUUCACUUAAUGCAGACGCUGGCCCAGAUUUAAGUGCAGUUAUUGAUCAUAGAGUCAGAAGUAAUGAAAAAGACAGAUUAGCUCAAAUUGUUACGACUUUGGACAGAUCAAUGAAGUAUAAUCACGAAAUGCCGUACAAAAGAGGUGCCACCAGCCCGCUUAAAUCAUGCAUUCAAAAUGCAGAAGUAAAGGUCUCAAGAGGAGGUGUGGCUAUAGCUUUUGAUCCAUGGAAACAGUCCAGAAAAAGAAACUCCAAGAGAAACUUACCCCAGCGAAAUGUUGAUGAAGAGUACUUCUAUGACCACAUCUGUGACGAUGAAGAGAUCAGGAUAGCAGACGGACACUUCUUCAACAGCCAAGCUAAAUCAUCUGGCAUUCAGACAAGGAUCGACCCUCAGGUGGAAAAGUUAGCCAGAAGAGAUAUGAAAUUAGCCUUAAAGCAAAGACGCAAAUAUGAGCAUAAAAGAAGAAGAGUCAAAGAAUCUACUAAAAAUAAGAGCGAUAAAUUUUUCAAGAAAAAGAGAAAUAACAAAAGCCCGUACAAGAAUGUUAAGAGUAAAAUCAAGCUAUCAGUAAUGAAGGACAAAUCAAGAGCAAGAGAAAGAAGUGGAUUUAAGCCUAUGAGAAGGCAGACCAGAAGUGUAACAAAAUCAUUCACUCAAAGAGAAGUGGAAAGACCAGUACCUUAUCCUCCAGGUUUUAACCAAGGAAAUACCUUUAAUGAUAAAAAUAACUCAAUGAAUGAGCAUGUCGCAGUAGAUCACUCUAGAACUGCCAUUUUUGGGACAAGAGAGGACCCUUUUAAAAGGAAUCUACAGGAUGCUGAUCAAAGAGAGAAUUCACAAAAGAAUCAAAAUCCUACCUUUGGGAGACAUGAGGGAUCAAAAGAAGAAAUAAGCCAUCAUCAUAGUGCUGAGCACAUCAACUCUGAUCUCAGAGAAAAAGAGCAAGAUAGGGGUCCUUCGAUCCAUAAGUACAGAUCUCUUAGAUGCCCAUAUUCAGGUCUUACCAGGACCUAUACAGACUCUGACUUGGUAAAAUCUCCUGAAAAUCCCAUUCAUUCAAGGUUACCUCUAAGAGGUCCCAUUAUGCCAUACAGAAGAGAAUUUUAA